AUGGAGGACGAAAACAAUGUUGAUAUUAGUAUUCUCACGCAAAAUCAAUAUUUGUCAAUAUUUAUUAAAACAUGGGAAACUUAUCCAGAAUUAUGGAAUACAUGUUGCGAAUCAUAUCGCGAUAAAGUAAGGAAAAAUAAUGCGUUUGAUAAGUUGCUCGAUAUUUAUAAAAAAAUGAAACCAAAUAGCACGAGAGAAGACGUCAAGAAAAAAUUAAAUGCCCUACGAACAAAUUUUCGGAAAGAGUUAAAGAAGAUUCACAAAUCGAAAUCAUCAGGAAAGGGAACCGAUGAGGUUUACGUCCCGUCUGCGUGGACGUAUUAUGAAUUGCUGUUUUUAACAAAUGAUGAACAACCAAUAAAGAAAACUAUGGAGGUUAGUUUAUAUUUUUUAAUAAAUUUAUUAAUUACUCUCCGUAGGUUAGAAGACAAAGAAAAUGAUCAAGACCAAUAUAGCUAUUCGAUUAGCUCAAUGGAUCCACCUCCAACUCCAGUAUCGGAAAAUAAGAAAAGAAAAAAGGAAAAUGACCAGCAAAACCUUUUACAGAGGACUUUAUCGUUUUUGGAGAAGGAUUCUUCUGAUAAUCAAGAAGAAUAUCAUCUUGCCAAAGUCUGGGCCGCUAAAUUGACAAAACUGGAGUCUACACAAAAACUUUUUGCGGAAAAGGCAAUUAAUGAUAUUUUAUUUGAGGCACAACUUGGAAAAUUAAACAAAAACUCAGUGAAAGUUAAUGAGCAUGUACCAUAUACUUCAUCGCCUUUGCUGCCUAGACAGUCACUAUAUCAUCCCAGAGUAAACUAUAUUCCAUCACCUAGUCAAUCACCAAGCACACAAGAUUCAAUUUUGAGAUACAAUUUAACACCUUCGCCACAUUCUAUAUAUAACAAUGAACAUAAUAUUGAUAAUACUAUUACUAUGAAACCUUCACAGAUAUUGUCCAAGACUCAAAGUCACCAUCAACCAAUUGUAACCACCGGUAUUCCAUCUCAAAUAAUAUUAAGGCAUCCACUGACACGAUUGCAACAGUUUGGGUAUGGUCCACAAGACACAAUAUCACAAGAAAAUAAACAAAAUAAUAAUAUAACUUCUAAGGUUAUAACAUUUGAAGGCGACGUACAUGCCAAGUAUACUCCAAAAGAAGAUAUUUCUAAUUUUUUUCAGUCCUAA